CUAUUAGAAUCGCAUCUCUGAUCCUUUUGAUUGAAAUAAAUAUUGACGAGCUAAAAAGUAACUAUGGAUAUUGAAUUACCAUAUAUGGCCGAAUAUGCUAGAUCUGGCCGAGCCAAUUGUAAAGGGUGUAAAUGUUCAAUCCCCAAAGAUAACCUACGCAUUGCUGUCAUGGUUCAAUCUGCCUUUCAUGACGCAAAAGUGCCAAACUGGUUUCACAAAAGCUGUUUUCUUAAAAAUCAACGUCCUGGAUCUGUGGGAGACAUACAGAAUUUUGAAAAUCUUCGAUUUACUGAUCAAAAAGAAUUGACUGAUCUUAUUGGAAAUAUAGAGGGAAUUAUACAUUCGAAAUCUGGGAAAAAACGAUCCAAAUCCGCUAACCUGGUACGGAAAGAUUUUGGAAUCGAAUAUGCAAAAUCUAGCCGGUCUACAUGCCGCGGAUGUGAACAAAAAAUAAAUAAAGAUCAAGUUCGCUUACGUAAAACUGUGUAUGAUACUGAAGUUGGAAUGAAGUAUGGUGGCCAGCCUCUGUGGCAUCAUUUAGACUGCUUUGCGCAAUUGCGAUCUGAGCUUGGCUGGUAUGAUUCCGGAGAAAAUAUGCUUGGCUUUACAAGCUUAACGAGUGAUGAUCAAAAGGAAGUUAAAAACAUUCUGCCUGCUAUUAAAUCUGAGGAAUUACCAGAUGCCAAAAGAAGUAAAAUGAAAUUAGCAGAAGACACCGAAGAAAAUGAAGAAAAAAAUCAUUUAAAAAAUCAAAACGAUGCCUUUUUUCAGUAUCGCGAUGAACUUAAAAGUGUCAUUAAAAAAGCAGACCUUGAAAAACUUUUGGAGUCCAAUAAUCAACAGCCUUUAACUGGUGAUUCUGAAAGAUUAUUAGAUCAAGCCGCAGAUUUACUGACUUUUGGUGCUAUCGAGUCAUGCUCUGAAUGCGGCAGCUCUCAGUUUAUUUUUAAUAGAUCUGGUUAUAUAUGUAAUGGAAAUAUUUCUGAGUGGACCAAGUGCACCAAGUUUUUAGCAAAACCGACCAGAUCCGCAUGCAAAGUUCCGACAGAACUAAAAGAAAAAUAUCCGUUCUUGAAUUUAGUGAAUAACGAACCAUCAGUUCGAAUUUUUCAAAACCUUCCUCCCAGUGAAAGAACAUUAUUGAAAAAUUCAAAGAUAAAGGGGAAUACCGACGAAUUUGAUGGGCCGAAACUUACCCGUAAAAAACCCCCACUACACAACCUAAAUUUUUCAAUUAUAGGCUUGAAGGAUCAGAAGAUUGAGUUAAAAAUGCGAAUUGAAAAAUUUGGUGGAAAAUGCGAAACUAAAAUCUCUGCAAACACAAUAGCAAUAAUAUCAACAGAGCAAGAAGUCAACAAAAAAUCGAAACGUAUGGAGUCUGCACAGGAGCUUGGCAUACAUAUUGUUCCUGUUGAAUAUUUGGAUUUUGUGGAAGCUGACGCAGAAGGAGCUAUUAAUUAUAUAAAUAGCACAAGUAUUUGUAAUUGGGGAACAAAUCCAACAUCAAGAAUUCCUCAAGAUACGGGGAAAAGCUCGAAAUUUAAAAGUAUAUAUACAAAAUCUAUUCCAUUAUCAAGAACGUUAAAAGUAAAAGAUGGACUUGCCGUUGAUCCUGAUAGUGGGCUAGAGGACAUUGCCCAUGUGUAUGUAGAGGGUAACAACAAUUACAGUAUUGUGCUUGGCUUGACUGACAUUCAGCGAAAUAAAAAUUCCUACUACAAAUUGCAACUUUUGGAGGCAGAUAAAAUGACAAAAUAUUGGAUUUUUCGGUCAUGGGGUCGAAUCGGGACUAGUAUUGGAAGCUCAAAGAUCGAGGAGUUUGGCACAAGUGACUCUGCCAAAAGAAAAUUUAAGGAAGUAUAUGCCGACAAAUCUGGAAAUGAAUUCGAUAAGCGAGACAGCUUUGUUAAAAUAACUGGAUGUAUGUACCCAAUAGAAAUUCAAUAUGAUGAAGACCAAAAGUUGUUAACCCAUAGCACCUUUUUUAAUAAUUCUAAGUUAGACCCUUCAUUGCAAAAUUUAAUAACGCUGAUAUUUGAUGUUGAUUCUAUGAAAAGAACAUUGAUGGAGUUUCAUAUUGAUAUGGAUAAAAUGCCGUUGGGAAAGCUCAGUGCCCAUCAGAUAAAAUCUGCGUAUAGUGUGGUGUACGAAAUUUUUAAAUUAAUAGAAACCGGAUCUACAAAUGCAAAACUAAUUGAUGCUACAAAUAGAUUUUAUACGCUAAUUCCUCAUAACUUUGGAGUUCAAUCUCCGUCAUUAAUUGAAACCCAUAAUCAAGUCGAAGAUUUGCGCCAAAUGCUUGAUUCAUUGGCUGAGAUUGAAGUUGCUUACAGCUUAAUUAAAACCGAAGAUGCAACUAAUAAUAUUAAUCCAUUAGAUCAUCAUUAUGCACAGUUAAAAACUCAAUUAUUCCCACUGGAUAAAAAUAGUGAAGAGUUUUCCAUUCUAAGCAAGUAUGUUAAGAACACUCAUGCAUCUACACAUAGCUCGUAUGGUUUACAGAUUAUAGAUGUGUUCAAAGUAGCUCGCCAAGGAGAAGCAAGGCGGUUUAAACCAUUUAGGAAGCUACAUAAUAGAAAGUUGUUAUGGCAUGGGUCUCGUUUAACCAAUUUUGUUGGUAUUUUAUCGCACGGCUUAAAAAUCGCUCCUCCAGAAGCGCCACCAACGGGCUAUAUGUUUGGCAAAGGUAUUUAUUUUGCUGAUAUGGUGUCAAAAUCAGCAAAUUAUUGUUGCACAAAUCAACAUAACUCAACUGGGUUAAUGCUUCUUUCUGAAGUAGCUUUGGGAGAUAUGAUGGAAUGCACAGCAGCAAAAUACGUUACAAAAUUACCAAAAGAUAAACAUAGUUGCUUUGGUCAUGGGCGUACGAUGCCAGAUCCAAGUAAGAGCUAUUUUAGAAAUGAUGGUGUUGAAAUACCAAUAGGUGAAGCAGUUACCAAUUCAAAUUUUGAUUCAUCAUUAUUAUACAAUGAGUAUAUAGUAUAUGAUGUUGCGCAGGUUAAUGUUCAGUAUUUGUUUCGUAUGGAAUUCAAGUAUAAUUAUUAAAUAAGUGUAAA